AUGAAUAAGGAUAAGGAGGCCACGGCGACGGGGACAAGCCUCAAUGGCUCCAGUGAUGGCGUCAUUCACAGGACAGGACCCAGUAGCUCGAGGGGGCCGAGUAACAACACCCAAAACAACAACAACAACAACUCUGCCGUCCCAAACAAGGACGCCCAGCCAGACGCAAUCACCAAUUCAGAUACAAGCAGCUCCCUUGACACAACUGAGCAACUGAAGAGGUCGUUUCGCAAAAAGUACCGCCAUGUCGAAGCUGUCCACUCCAGCUCGACACCCUCGUGUCUCAGCCACGAUGCUACUGAGACGCCCAGCUUCCUGGGCUUCAGGAAUCUGAUGGUGAUUGUGCUCGUUGUUGGCAAUCUUCGUUUGGUGAUUGAGAAUAUCCAAAAGUAUGGCGUUCUCAUCUGCGUCGGAUGCCACGACUUCCGCAAGACGGAUAUCCAGCUAGGCUUAUGUCUAUACUUUCUCAUACCGUGCCAUCUCCUGAUCGCCUACGCCAUUGAGUCAAUCGCGGCUGCCCAGGCCAAGUACGAGCGGGCCAGGUCCGACAAGCGCGACGGAUCAACCAGCCCUACCGAAGACGAGCACAACAGGUUCCAGUCCACCUGGAAGAUGGUCUGGGUUGCACACGCCAUCAACGUAACCUACGUGCUCGUCUUCACUAGCUACAUUGUCUAUUAUAAAAUCCACCAUCCCCUGAUCGGCACCCUGACCGAAAUACACGCCGUCAUUGUCUGGCUCAAGACGGCCUCGUAUGCCUUCACCAACAGGGACCUUCGCCACGCCUACCUUCACCCCGUAAAGGGGAAGCUGGAUGCGUUGCCCGAGAUUUACAAGCAGUGUCCCUACCCGAACAACAUCACCAUGGGCAACCUCGUCUACUUCUGGUGGGCCCCAACACUCGUCUACCAGCCCGCCUAUCCCCGGGCCGAUAAGAUCCGUUGGAUCUUUGUCUUCAAGCGUCUUGGGGAGGGUAUCUGCCUGAGUGUCUUCAUUUGGUUUGCCAGCGCCCAGUACGCCACCCCGGUGUUGAUCAACUCCCUCGACAAGAUUGCCUCGCUGGACUACCCCUCGAUUCUCGAACGCCUGCUCAAGCUGUCAACCAUAUCGCUGGUCAUCUGGCUGGCUGGCUUCUUUGCCCUCUUCCAGUCCUUCUUGAACGCACUGGCCGAGGUCACACGGUUUGGAGACCGUUCGUUUUACGAUCCUUGGUGGAACAGCGAGAGCCUUGGCAUGUAUUGGCGCACGUGGAAUAAACCUGUCUACCAGUUCUUCAGGCGGCACGUUUACUCGCCCAUGCGGUCUAGGGGUUGGAGCCAUAAGGUGGCCAGCCUUACCGUAUUUCUCGUCUCGGCAAUAUUGCACGAGCUUCUCGUCGGCGUGCCCACUCAUAACCUCAUCGGAGUGGCAUUCCUCGGCAUGUUCCUCCAGCUGCCCCUAAUCCAGCUCACGCAGCCGCUCGAGAAGAUGAAGUCCAAUUCCGGCAAGCUGCUGGGCAACACCAUCUUCUGGGUCUCGUUCACCAUCCUCGGUCAGCCGUUCGCCGCCCUCAUGUACUUUUACGCCUGGCAGGCCAAGUACGGCAGCGUCAGCAAAGUCAUGGCUGCCGCGGCGGCCCAUCCUCCUGCAUACGCGACUUGCCCUGCGUGA